UCGGCGACCUAAAUUUUCAGGUUAGGUGUUUUUGUUUGAAGUUUAUUCCCAGUUUAUGAAUUUAUCCAUGGGUUGUUUAUGUUUCUACAUUAUUAAAAUGAAGUUUUUGUAAAAAUAAAAAAUAAUUACGGUCGGUUAAAGCGAUAAUAACACACAACCAAAAAUGAACUAUGUUUGUGCUUCGAAGGCUGUGACUUUAAAAGAUUUCGACCGAAUAUGUCGAACCUGCAUGGGAGACGAAAAAAUAAGCCCCAUAACGGACACCUACAUAGGUGACUUAAAAGUGACAGAUUUACUAAAGUCUAACGUGAUGAUUGAAGUCAAUACAGACGAUAUUCUUCCACAAAAUAUAUGUGAAACCUGCCUUAACGACCUCUACACAGUCCACAAAUUCAAGAAACAGUGUCAAGAUAACGAAGCCGCUUUAAAACUCCUAGCGGAAAACGUCUUUGAUGACGAGCCAAGUGACAAAGAAGAGAAAUUCUUGUGCAACAUCACCAUCAUCGAAGACGACGUGGACAUAAAAUCGGAAAAAAGCGACUGCGAGAAAAACUCAGACACAGCCCCCCAGGAACACCUGGGGGAGCACCAAAAAUCCCCCAGACACCCUCAACGCGUCAAACGCAAGUGUGAAGUUUGCAAGAAAGUCUACAACCGCGGCUACUUUCGCCAACACAUGCGGUCACACACCAAAGAAAAACCCUACCAGUGCGAAUUCUGCUCGCAGAGCUUCUCGCUCAGCCGCAACUUGAAGCGGCACAAAAUGAUCCACACCGGCGAGCGGCCACAUGUGUGCAACGUGUGUGGGAAGGGCUUCAUCCAAGCCACGUCCCUCCACGCCCACCAUAAAGUCCACCAAUCACAGCAAUUCCCGCCCAAGUGUGAACAGGUGAAAUACAUGUGCGACUUCUGCGGGCGUGGCUUCAAGCGGCUCGUCCACUUCAACGCCCACACGGAGAAGCACGCCCCCGAUUCGUCUGCGGAUGACAAGUCUGAGAAGAGCGAGCCGCGUGAUUACGUGUGUGAUGUUUGUGCGCGCGCGUACAAGACCAAGCACCACCUUAAAGCGCAUCAGUUGACGCACGGCGAGAAGACUUUUCUGUGUAGUGAUUGUGGGAGGUGCUUUGUGAAGAAGGCGGCGCUUGACUCGCACUUGAAGGUUCAUACGGGAGAAAAGCCGCAUACGUGUGAGGUGUGUAAAAAGUCGUUUACGCACUAUAUGACUCUCAUUUCGCACAUGCAUAUACAUUCGGGGUUGAAGCCCUAUAGGUGUAGUUUUUGUACUAAAGCGUUUACGCAGUCGUCGCAUUUGAGGUCUCAUCUGAGGACGCAUAGUGGGGAGAGGCCGCACAAGUGCUCGUUUUGUGGGAAGAGUUUCGCUUUGAAGGGGAAUUUGACGGUUCAUGUGAGGACGCAUACGGGGGAGACGCCAUACAUUUGUCCCGUGUGUGGAAAAGGGUUUUAUGACUCUAGUAGCAUGAAGAAGCAUCAAAAGAGUCAUUAGGACAGGGAUACCUUUAAUCUGGUUUAUUUUGUUUUUACAGUGUCGAUAAUAACCAGAAACUAUAAUUGUUCAAAAAAUAUACUUUUUGUAAAA